AUGUUCGAGUCUUCGUCGGAAGCGCCUGACACAACAGUUUCAACGAUGACAACGAACGACUCAGUUACAGAUGAACAUUUGCUUGCUGAAAUCCGAGGCGAUCAGCUUCAAGAAGAUAACGUUGCUUUAAUUAAACAAUUAAACGUUCUCCGCGCUCAGUUUGAACAAGCUGUACAACUAUCAGCAAAGUCAAAAGAAUUAUAUAAGCAAAUAGAAGAACUUAAAGUUCAGUUAAUAGACGAAAAAUCGAAGAAAGAAGAUUUAGCAAAUCGCCUAGAAAUUAGCAUAAGAGCACAAAAUGAAGCUACUAAGCAGCUUCAAGAUGAACAACAGCGAAAUUCGUUACAAAGGCAAUCUGAUUACAACAGUAUGCAAAAAGAAUUAACAAAAGUUAAGAAAUCAUUCCAGCAGCAAAUUGAUAAACUCUUUGCUGAAAAUCAGAAACUUCAGGCUCAAAAGGAUCAGGAUGAAAUAGCCCAAAAGACCCUUGUUGGAAAAAUUGAUAAAGCCGUUAUUCAUUCUCAACAUUAUUUCAAUCGCCAAAUAUCUUCGUUUGAUGAAUUAUGCGAUAUACUUGAAAAUGAAAUUGCUCCAGAAACUAAAACUACAAUUACGACUCAAGAAUCUCCAAAACGCGAUUUCACACAAGUCGCGCUUGAACAGCAACUCCAAGCAUCUGAUAAGAAAGCUAGAAAGCUUAAGGCUCAGUUAAAGGCCGCUGCUGCAAAGAUAAAUGAACUUUGUGAAAAUAUUAAUCAAAAAGAUAAGCAAAUUGAUAAUCUUAACUACCAGCAUCAGAGAGAAAUUAACGAAUUAAACUCUACUAUUGCUCAAAUCAAAGAAGAAAAUGAGCUUAGCGCUGCAGAUAAAAAUCAUAAGAUCCAAGUUCUUGAAUCUAAACUUCAAUUACUCAAAGAUGAUAGUGCAAAGUUGAAGGAAGAGAUAUCAAGGCAACGAGAUGAAAUUUCUUCUCAAAAGUCCGAAAUUUCUAAAAUUAAAGAAGAAAAGCUUACAUUAAAGGUUAAACUUGAAUCAGAACCACAGCCUAAACAAGUUCAAACUCAGCAAAAGAAAGAUAAUAGUAAUUGUGAAGAAUCUUUCUUAUCUGAGCAAUUAAAUUCUAGAAUUGAAGAGCUUACCGCCAAAGUUGCUUCAUUAACUAAGGCCAAUGAUGAAUUACAGCAUUCUCUUGACGCUGCAGAACGAGAAGUUAUGAUGUCAAAGGUAUCCAAAGAAACAGAGAAUAACGAAUUACAGGCAUUAAAGGUUGCUCAUAACCAAGCAUUACAAGAAAUAGAAACAAUUAGAGAAGCAAUGCGUAACAGAGAUAUUCAAGAUGAUAAGAAAGAAGAAAUGAAGCGUCGUAAAGAAGAGAAAAAGCAACAAGCUCAAAUUCUCCAGUUGGAAGAUACUAAUAAAUGUCUUGAAAAGAAGAUUUUCGAAAUUCAACUAGAAAUCGAAAAGGCUUUACAAGGCGAACGUGAAGCUAAGACAGAACUUGAGAAGAUUAAAGCUGAAAAGAAGGUCUUGUUUGAGCAAAUAUCUAAAUUACAAUACGAUUUACAAGAUUCAAGGCAGAAACUUUCACAGAACGUUCCAUUAACAGAAGAAGAUAUAUUACCACCUUCUUCAUGGCAGAUUCCUGAUGGAGAUGCAACUCUUCAGGCAAGAAUUCAAAGAAUUGCUUCUAACAAUGCUCUUCAUGCUGUUUCCAAGCUUCAACAAUGCUUCAAAUCUAUUAUAAACUACUACACAAAGAUUAUUGAAGGUAUCAAUCACUCAGCAGAAGAAACGAAUACUCAAAAUCAAAAGAUUUACACAUAUCUUUCAGAUUUUGUUACUUCAAUAUCUAUCGCCUUAAACGACCAAGCCACAAACUUCGAUGAAUUCCUGCAAUACCAUGAAGUUUCUACUUCUCUUGUAAAUCGUGUUACAUAUCUCAGAACACAGAUAACAGAAUUGACCAGAUCCAAGGAAACUCUUCAAUCCAUCAUCGAUGGUAUUGCUGGAACAUUUGGAAUCACAGAUAGCAAUGAUAUUUUCACUAAAUUAAAUUCCAUCAGAUCUCAAAUUGACCAACAGCUCUCAAUCAGUGAAAAACGCAACAAGAGAGCCAAGGAAGUCAAACAGGAAUUGUCCAAUCUUCAAAGCCAAUACAAGAAUGACGUAGAAAAACUUUCAUCAGAUCUUUCCAGAGCAAAUCAGAAUUUAGAAGCUGUUUCUGCACAAAACAAAGAAUAUUCUAUAUUAGCAAAGAAACUCAAAGCAGAAAAUGCUGAUCUCAGAAGAGCUGUUUCAGAUUUAGAAAAAAAAAUUGACACUGUUUCAAAACUGAUGAAGAACAAUGAAGAAGAAACGAAGAAGAACAACACACAAAUCAUUAUUUCCAUGAAACAAGAUUAUGAACAAACAAUUGAGCAUUUGACAACAGAAUUACAAAAAGCAAAUGCAACAAUUACAGAAGCAGAUGCAAAAAUGCAGAAACAAUGCAGAGUUAUUCAGACCCAGAAACAGGCAAUCAAUGAAAAAGACAGUGAGUACGCAAUGCUCAAACAACAGACAGAUAUUUCGCAUAGAAAAGUCACUGAAAUAUCAGCUUUAGAGAAGAAACAAUUAAUAGAAUCUUAUGAAAGAACAAUCGCUGAAAUGAAGCAACAAUGCGAUAAAUUCCGUGCUGAUGUAAAUGUUUUAACACAGCAAUCGAAUAAGAGAGAGAAACAGCACAAAGACACUAAAUUGGAAGUUAACCAACUCAAGCGCGAAAUAAGCAGACUCGAGAAAGAAAUUAAAGCUAAAGAAGAAGAAAGUGAAAGAGAAAAGAAGAUCAGUGAAUCAGCACUAAGAAGUGCAACAAUGAACGCUGAAGCUCAGUUCACAGCCAAAUUAAGCGAGCAUAGAAUGAAAUGGGAAUCUGAGAAGAGAAGAAUUCUCGCUUACGCUGCUGAUGAACUCAGACAGUUCUUCAACGCUUCUGAAGCUAUUGAUGAACAUUCUUUCAGAUCUCUCAUUGGAAAGGUUAAAGAGGAACUCGGAAAAUUGCAGAGAUCAGAUGCUGCUAUUAGAAGAAUGGUCGGAGCUUCCGGAAGACAGUCAACAGAUGACGCCGUCGCACAACUUGUUUUGAAUGCUAAUUAA